AUGGGCCAACAGGUCAAGUGGCUUCAGAAGAUGAAAGCGUAUGAUUCUUUCCGGAACCCUGGCCUCUGGUGCGGCUUCCACCGAGACCACGGUCACAAAAUGGAGGACUGCGUCGCACUGAAGAUUGCGGUCAACAAAUUUCUUAAGAAAGGACACCUCAGAGACGGUAUAAGCCACGCGGCUGCAAAUAAGAGCACUUGGAACGCCAAGCACGGCCUAGAGGCAGCCAAGCGGAAACGCCUACUCCUGGGUACGGACGAAAUAAACUUCACGGCCAAGGAGCAGGAAAGGGUUCUCACCCCACAUCACGACGCCCUGGCCGCAUACAAGGAUCUGGGGCUGAAGGAAAGCGCUCUAACUCGGAGGAUAACCCCACUCAUUGGGUUCAGCGGAGAAGUCAAGCAGACUGCCGGAGAGGUGACCCUCCCGGUAUAUGCUGAAGGGUUCAACAUGUCAACCAAGUUCCUUGUUGUUAACUGCGAUUCAUCCUACAACAUGAUCCUGGGACGGUCCUGGAUUCACGACAUGGGAGCCGUCCCUUCGACUCUUCACCAGAUGGUGAAAUUCCCUACACCCUGGGGCAAAAGAGCAAUCAGAGGGGAUCAAGAAUAUUCCCGCUCCUACUACCAGACUACUUUGAAGGGAAAGACCAAGGUCUUAUAG